GACUUGAUUAGACAUUUGAAAAUUGAAAUAGAAUUUGAGUGAAGUAGAAAGUGGGGGUUGACUGAGUAAGGAUUUAUUAUGGGAUAGUGAGGAGCAAGAAGGUUGAAGCAAAGAAGUGAAGUGAUAGAAUGCAAAGAGAAUAAGGUAAGGUAGCAGAAAAGGAAAAAUGACAAUGGACGAUGAUAGCUCCAUAUAUGUAGGGGGCCUUCCCUACGACGCCACCGAACAAACCAUUCGCACAGUCUUCAAUUUGUAUGGCGCCAUCCUUGAUGUUAAGAUAAUCAACGACCAACGCACUAGGGGCAAGUGCUAUUGUUUUGUUACUUUCACAAAUCCUAGGUCUGCAAUUGAUGCCAUCAACGACAUGAAUGGCAGAACCAUUGACGGGCGUGUGAUUAAAGUUAAUGGGGUGAGGGCUCGUGGGGGCAGGUCAAAUUUUGGCAGAGAACGUUAUUAUUAUCAAAAUGAUGAGAGGAAGGGAGAUUGGGAUUGUGGUAGAGACCGAGAGCGAGAUUAUGAUCAUGAUAAUAAUGAUAGGGAUGGAUAUAGGAAUCGGAGCAGCGAUUGGACUCGAGACUGUGAUAAGUCUAGAGACCGUGAUCAGGAUAGGGAUAGAAGGUUUGAGCAUAUUCAUGAUUAUGAUCAAGCUAGGGAUGCUAUGUUAGAUAAUGUCUGGAACCCAGAGGAAGAUAGAAUUGAAAAUGAACAAGAACAUAGCAGGGGACAUGACAGAGAUGUGGAUAGAGAACACAGCAUAGAUUUGAAUAUAGUCAGGAAAAUGGAUAGGACCAGUGAUCCUGAUAGAAGUUUUGAUGAGGAUAAAAAAGAUCAGUCAAGGAGAAACAAUGACUUGAAUGUUUCAAAUCAACAUAGCAUGGAUCUUUCGUCAGAUUCAGCUGGUACUCACAAUGAUCAGGUAGAAGCUCAAUUAGAGAGGUCAACUCAACAGCUUGAUCAACUAAAAAAGGAGGUUUCUCAGAUGGAAGAGGGAUUGGAAGAGAAAAGACUCCAUGUUAAGGAAUUACAAAAGCAAUCUAAGAAACUGGAGGAUGCACUGAUCAAUGCAAAGAAAAACUCUUCAUAUCAUCAGAUGCAGUUGAUGAAGCUGCAUAAAUGUUUUCUGCAAGUAAAUGAUUGCACAGAAGGACUAAGAACUACCGAAAAAGAACUUCAGGCUCUAAUUGUGACAGCAAUGUCAGAGAUUGAUGGUGAUGAAUUAAAGGAUAGACAACUAACAAAUGGAAGUCUUGAUGGUAGAUUGUAAUAUAUCUUUCGGAGGUUCAGAUUUUGUUAUUGAUGCUUAAAAUGGGUUUAGCAUAGAAUACCUUAAUGUUAUAUGGAGAAGAAAAAAAGGCUGGAUAAAUUCUCUUUUUAUUUUUCCUUUUCGAUUCCACUCCAGUCUCUACUAAAUAGCAUUAAUAGAGUUUUGUUUAUACUGUGAAGUUGUUGGUAAACAUUGUAACUUCAUGUGUCAUAAAUUUUCACUAGAGAAAACAAGCUGACUUUUUGAACUCCACUGGAUUGAAUUGCAUGACCUGACGUUUCUGACCA